AUGACCGUAUACUCUUUUUACAUCUUUGACAGGCAUACCGAAUGCAUAUACAGCAAACGAUGGGCUCAGCGGCCCGUAUCUCAAAGUGCCAGAUCAGUCCAACGUCAAUCAGGAGCCAGUGCCAUCAGCAAUGGCGACUUACCAGGAGUCAACCAAAAAGCCUUGUCAAAUGAAGAUGAUGCAAAACUAAUCUUCGGUGCCAUCUUUUCUCUCCGUCGCAUGGUGCGGCAACUGGGCGGUGAAGACGACAGUUUCCUUUCUUACCGCACUGGAGAGUACAAGUUGCAUUACUUUGAGACGGCGACAAAUCUCAAGUUUGUAAUGCUUACAGAUACGCGCAUAGCGAGCAUGCGUACUGUGCUCUAUCAAAUAUGGGCGAAUCUCUAUGUUGAAUACGUCGUCAAGAGCCCAAUCUCACCUGUUGAGCAUGCAGGUGGUGUUGGAGUUGCAAACGAACUGUUCGAAGGCGCUUUGGAGAGCUUCAUUAACACUGUCUUCCCUCCUUCUUGA